AUGCCAGACUGCUACCGGGAACUCACCCGAAAGGAGGGGCAGGCCGAGCGGCCGUCCCGUCGCGGACACCCUCGCUCUAGGGGCAGCCCUGGGCUUUCCGGGGUCGCUCUAGACCGCUUGGAGGCCGGCGCUUCUCAGUGGCACUUCCGGAGGCGGAGUCCCGUGGCCGUGGGCGGAAGGUGGGCCCCGGAUGAAGGCCCCCUGGUACCAGGGACGUGCGAGUGCGGGGCUCUUCGUUUUACUUCUCUGGCCCUGACCUUCGUCCGUGCUGACCCCGCCGGCAACCUCUGUAGCCAUUGUACCAGUAAUGACCAGGACAGCCCCGGGUUUGGGAAAGCGUCCUCGCGGGGUAGUGGCCCGCUCACGUCGCGCGUGUUCCGGGAGUGGAGGGGCAGACGUAAUGGUCCCGCUUCUAACUUUGACCCAGAUGGCAAAGACCAAGAUGCCUUUUCCCUCAUCUUUAAAUGGCAGAGACAGAUGGAAUUUUCAGAUCUAUCACUAAAAAUGGAGAGAAAUGAGGAAAGAAAAUUUAAUAGUUGGAAGGUGAAGAUAAGAACAGCAACGCAAGUGCUAACAAUCAGGAUAGCAAAAACUGGCCUCAUAAAACAUCUAGGACCUUAUUUGGAUCAAGUGAGCCAGUUCUUCGAACCUGAACAAUGACUGUUGAAUCAAGGGAUACCGCAGAUUUGUCUCCACAGGCCACCCAGGAGGUGGAAGGCAUAGUGAUAGUGAAAGUGGAGGCGGAAGAUGAAGAUGAGGAAGGCCAUUUUCAAAGGGGAAGAAAUAGCAUAGAAUUAUCCCCACAAUUUAUUAGUCGGUCCACAACCAUGAAUGAGAGAGCCUUAUUCUCAUCAUAUUUGGUUGCCUAUCGAGUGGCAAAAGAGAAAAUGGCUCACACGGCUGCUGAAAAAAUUAUUCUUCCAGCAUGUAUGGAUAUGGUACGUACAAUUUUUGAUGAUAAAUCAGCUGAUAAAUUAAGAACUAUACCCCUUAGUGAUAAUACAAUAUCUCAUUGAAUCUGUACAAUUGCAAACCAUUUAGAGGCAAUGCUUAUUACACGGCUGCAGUCUGGUAUAGAUUUUGCAAUCCAACUGGACGAGAGCAUGGAUAUUGCAAAUUGCCCAACACUCUUGAUUUAUGUCAGGUAUGUGUGGCAAGAUGACUUUAUAGAGGACCUGUUGUGUUGUUUAAGUUUAAAUUCACUUAUAACGGGAUUAGAUUUAUUUACCGAAUUAGAAAAGUGCAUUGUUGGUCAAUAUAAAUUGAACUGGAAAAACUGUAAAGGAAUUUCAAGUGAUGGAGCAGCAAAUAUGACUGGGAAACACAGCAGGGUUAUUGAAAAAUUGUUAGAAGUAACACAUAACAAGGCUCUUUGGAAUCAUUGUUUUAUUCAUCAAGAAGCUUUGGUGUCCAAAGGAAUUCCACCAGGUCUAAUGGAUGUAUUGAAAAACGCAGUGAAAAUUGUUAAUUUUAUUAAAGGAAGCUCCUUAAACAGCCGACUUCUCGAAAUAUUUUGUUCAGAGAUUGGAGUUAACCAUACCCACUUACUGUUUCAUACAGAAGUCUGUUGGCUGUCUCAAGGAAAAGUAUUGAGCAGAGUAUAUGAACUCAGGAAUGAGAUUUACAUUUUUCUCAUUGAAAAGCAAUCUCAUUUGGCAAAUAUUCUUGAAGAUGACCUAUGGGUAACAAAAUUGGCAUAUUUGAGUGAUAUUUUUGGCAUUCUUAAUGAAUUACAUUUUAAAGUACCGGGGAAGAACAAUGAUAUAUUUCAGUAUCUUGAAUGUAUUCUAGGAUUCCAAAAGACAUUAUUGUUGUGGCAAGCAAGACUUAAAAGCAAUCGCCCUAGCUACUAUAUGUUCCCAACGCUGUUGCAGCAUAUUGAAGAGAACGUUAUUAAUGAAGACUGCUUAAAAGAAAUAAAAUCAGAGAUAUUGAUGCAUCUCACUUCUUUGUCUCAAACCUUUCAUCAUUACUUCCCAGAAGAGAAAUUUGAAUCAAUAAAGGAAAAUAUUUGGAUGAAAGAUCCCUUUGUAUUUCAAACCCCAGAAUCAAUCAUUGAGUUAAACUUGGUGCCCGAAGAAGAGAAUGAAUUAUUGCAGCUCAGUUCAUCCUUCACACUGAGGAAUUAUUAUAAGACAUUAAGUCUGUCAGCAUUCUGGAUUAAAAUUAAAGAUGAAUUUCCACUGCUAAGUAGAAAGAGCAUAUUGCUGCUAUUACCAUUCACAACUACCUGUUUGUGUGAACUAGGAUUUUCCAUCUUGACACGAUUAAAAACAAAAGAAAUAGGCUCAACAGUGCACCUGACAUGCGUGUGGCCCUAUCCUCAUGUGUUCCUGACUGGAAUGAACUUAUGAACAGGCAAGCACACCCAUCGCAUUAAGUGUGAUGAGAUGCACUUAAUGAAAAGUGCUAUGAAAUGUGGUUUUUGUACUUUUUAAGGGUUUCUUUGGUAGAUGGUAUUUAUUAAUAAAAUUAUAUUUGGAAUUUA